AUGGCUUCCAAUCCUCCGCUGUACACCUACGUUUCUCCUCGCGAGGGGUAUGAAAACGCCCCUCCUUUACCGGACGAGCUCAAUGAGGACGGCAAGAGCUUCAAACACCCGCCUCAGGACUGUCUGAGCAAGGCUUACGAGGUCUUCCCGGCGCCGUUGGACAACGGACGCAGAGGAGGCUUUGAUAUCCAUAUCUACCAUUUCCAGUCCAACCCGGAGCAAGUCAAACACGCCAAAGAUCUCUGGGAACGCAUCCGACGGGAGUUCCCUGAGCUGAGAAUCUAUCGAUUUUGGGAAGGGCCAGUUGGUCCGCAUCCUGUAGCCAUGUUCGAAGUUAACAUCUUCACGCCGGCCCAGUUUGGCGCCUUCAUUCCGUGGUUGACCAUCUAUAGAGGGCCCUUGUCCGUUCUCAUUCACCCUAAUACCACCGAGGAGGAAUUCGAUCGCAAUGUUACUGAGCUGCGCAACCACACCCAACGAGCUAUAUGGAUGGGCGAAAGACUACCGCUGGACACAUCAAUCUUCUAUCGUAAUAACUAG